UACAGAGUUGGGGCGGAGGUUGACUUUGGUCGGAGUGAGAGGAAGGCGAAAAUGGAGGCAUCGGUUGAACAUCCCUACGUACCCAAAGAUCUAAAGCUGCCAGGUUUCGUGCCAUGUUUCCUCUCACAGUCCUCUAUUCUCCUCGUCUAUGGCGUCUCUUCCCUGCUCGUCGUCUCCCUCGUCUGGCUCCUCUCCGGGAGAUCACCCAAAAAGUCCAAGAUUGACAGAUGGCUCAUGUGCUGGUGGGCUUUCACAGGCCUCACCCACAUGAUUGUUGAGGGUUAUUUUGCUUUCUCCCCAGAAUUUUAUAAGGAUAAAACUGGUUUUUACCUGGCGGAAGUUUGGAAAGAAUACAGCAAAGGUGAUUCAAGAUAUGCAGCUAGGGAUGCAGGAAUUGUUACUGUUGAAGGGCUAACUGCAGUUCUAGAGGGUCCAGCUAGCCUUUUAGCAGUGUUUGCAAUAGCUACGGGAAAGUCAUAUAGCUACAUACUUCAGUUUGCCAUUUCUCUGGGCCAGCUCUAUGGAACUGCUGUGUAUUUCAUAACUUCUUACUUGGAAGGUGAUCACUUUGCUGCAAACUCAUACUACUACUACGCAUACUAUAUUGGUGCAAAUGCCUCAUGGAUUGUGAUACCCACACUCAUUUCCAUCCGUUGUUGGAAGAAGAUCUGUGCAGCAUUCCAGGUCCAAGGCCAGAAAAAGUCAAAAGUUCGCUGAGGUCGACUUCUUGCAUUAUUCAAGAUAUUUGUAGUUACUGGAUUCAGAUUUUGCAAGCUCUUAUUUCUUUUGAUAAUAAUUUCUCAAUUGAUGCACUUUACAUGGUGAUUUGGAAAUAUUUACUCAAGGAUUUUGUUAC